CUUCCGGUCCAUAAAGCAAGGAGGAAGUAACAGGAAAGGAGGCGGAGAAGGAGGCUCGUAGGUCAUACACACACGCACACGCAAACAAAAUGAGUUUUGGUCCCGAAAGAGGAAUUGCGGAAGUGUUGAGAAAGGAAUUUUAAGAAGUUUACGGCUCGGCUUUCGCCGUAGACGCACACUGACCCGGAAAGUAAUCAUCUAAAGCCAGGUCAGCGGCGGGGGGGGUAGGGGGAGUUCUACGGGUGCCGGGAGGAGGGCGGGCGCACAUCCUCUUAGCACCGCGAGGGGCGCCGGUGUCUCCAGCCGUGGCACCGGCAUCUGCUGAGACUCCUGCCUCGGGCUCGUCCUUUUUUCGUCCACUUUACCUUCUUCACGCCACACCUUGGAUGUGCACUUCUCACCUGAGGACUGUAAAGACUAAUUAGUUUGAAAAUGGAGACCCAAGAACCAACGGAUUCUUCUCAGAAUAUCAGACAGUCUAUUAUUUCAGAGGAGUUAAUUGCAGAAGGAGAUUGGGUCAAGCUUGAAAAAACAACUUACAUGGAUCCUACUGGUAAAACUAGAACUUGGGAAACAGUGAAACGUACAACCAGGAAGGGACAGGCUGCUGAUGGUGUAUCAGUUAUCCCAGUGCUGCAGAGAACUCUUCAUUAUGAGUGUAUUGUUCUGGUGAAACAGUUCAGGCCACCAAUGGGUGGCUACUGCCUAGAGUUUCCUGCAGGUCUCAUAGAUGAUGAUGAAAGCCCAGAAGCAGCUGCUCUUCGGGAACUCGAGGAAGAAACUGGCUAUAAAGGUGACAUUGCCGAAUGUUCUCCAGUUGUAUGUAUGGAUCCAGGUUUGUCAAACUGUACCACACACAUCGUGACAGUCACCAUUAAUGGAGAUGAUGCAGAAAAUGUAAGACCUAAGCCAAAGCCAGGGGAAGGAGAAUUUGUGGAAGUAAUUUCUUUACCAAAGAAUGACCUGCUGAAGAGAAUUGAUGCUCUGGUAGCUGAAGAACAUCUUACAGUGGAUGCCAGAGUCUAUUCCUAUGCCCUGGCGCUGAAACAUGCAAACACGAAGCCAUUUGAAGUGCCCUUCCUGAAAUUUUAAGGCCAAAGGACACUGGCCAUGUUUUGUAAACGAGACCACCAGGCCUUCAUCACUAAGACUUUGUAUACAACUUACUUUAAUGUAGAUUUGAAAUUAGAAUUUUCAUAAAAUAAAAGCAGCACAGAAAGCAA